AUGUCAGCUCUGACUGUGCGCGCCCGGCGGCAAAAGGUUUUCAAGGCCGUAUUUCAGACCGAUUUAUCGCAGCCCACGCCACUUCUAUGCUCUUCAGAGCCCGGCGAAUCGUUUGGCGGGCCACCACCAGCUACAGCCAACGCGUCUGCGGGCGGCAGGCGUUCGGCGGGCCACGACGCCGGCAUUUCGGAUCAAGUGAAAUGGGACAGGGCCUGGCAUCGAGUCACAUCGCGGAUUCAACUUCCUACAUCUGUCGCCGUCGAAGAUUCGUUUGGCUCGUUGCCGCCUCAGUCGCAGGACGGUGAUUUGGAGUUUUACGAAGCACUGCCCAUCGUGCUCGAGCCAGCAGUCAACGUGCCCCGCGCGGGUCACACCGAAGACAUUCUGCUAUGGCACGCUCGGCAAGUUCGACAACACUUCGUGCAUAAUGUUCUACCGCUGCUCGCUGCCUGUGCGGGCCUCGCAGAUACUUCACAAGUCGUCACCAGCACAGUGAACACCUUGGCGGCUGCCCACCGACAAUACCUGAACGGUCUGCUGCUUGUCGUGAGAGGCAUUCCCAGCGAGACUGCGGCGGAGACAGCAACCAGCACAUUUAGAAGAGACUUGCACGCGGUCAUUGGCAACUCAUGGACGCAAGGCUUGAUCAAUGCCCUGAAUCCUGCGCUCAGGCGAUUACUACGCACAAUUCUAAGUACCGGCCGUCGCUUCGAUGGCACGCAUGGUAUUGAAAACCCUAGCGCAUCGAGCGCUCGCGAAGAAUUGCUGAGUUUGCUCGAGUCAUUACAGAAGGUCGGUCUCGCCGGCGACAAGUUUCAAGUCCUCUUUGCAGAAUUGAUGGAUAAUUGCAUGCAUGAGUUCAUCCAGACAGCCUACACCGGAGUCUGGGAUGCUCCGGAAGUAAAGGACAGCAGCACAGGAUCAACAAUGCCUGGAUGCAUGGCACAUCUCUAUGGUUGGAUAGAGAAUCAAUACGGGCGGCUAGCUGUGGAGGUCUUUGGCCGCCUGGGUGGCCAGGUCAAAUGGGCUGAUGUUGAACAAUGGCGCGAAAUUGCCAUAGGUCGGCUAGCAACAUUGCGAACACACGAGCUUUUCGAUAUUGUAUUGCACUGGCCAGAGACCCGGGGUGGUCUCGAUGACUUGGGCUGCUCUACAGCAUCGACUGUUGCACCCAGGUCGAUCCACACUGGAAAUCCUACAGACGUACAUUUCCAUGAUUCGAACGUUCCACGCACUCGACCAUUCGAAAUCGAACUAGCUGUCGUUAUAAACGAAGCAUCGCAACAACAGAGAACAGCAAUUGACGAGGAAGACCUUGAUUGGGACGACAUGAAUUGGGUGCCAGACCCCGUCGAUGCCGGCGUCAACUACAAACGUCCGAAGAACGAGGACGUUGUCGGUACCCUUAUCAGUGCGCUCGGCUCACAAGACAUCUUCAUCAAGGAGUUUCAGCACAUUAUCGCAGAACGACUGUUGUCGAAGCAGCCAAGCUUCCAGCAAGAAAUUAAGGUUCUGGGACUUUUGAAGAAGCGGUUUGGCGAGCACGCGCUGCAAAAUUGCGACGUCAUGGUCAAGGACAUACAUGAUUCCAGGCGUGUCGAUGCUGUGCUGCGACGCAACAUACGCGGUGCUCAGCAGGCCGGCGCUCCAGCUCCAUCAUACCACUCGAAAAUAUUGUCACGUCUCUUCUGGCCAAGUUUGGCAAAGGAGUCGUUCAAGGUUCCUGCGCCUGUCGCGGAAAUCCAAGCACAAUAUGAGGCUGGUUUCGAACAACUCAAGUCAUCCCGGAAGCUUGGAUGGUUGGACAACCUGGGCACAGCAACAGUUAGCCUAGAACUCGAGGACCGCACAGUCGAGGUUGAGUGCAAGACAUAUGAAGCCGCGGUCAUCUACGAAUUUCAGAGCGACGGCGCACAGAGCGAUACGGGCGCGCAGCAGCGCACAUUCGAAGAGAUAUGGCAGAGUUUAAUGAUCGACGAGGAUGCGCUUGAGCUUGCACUACGAUUCUGGGUGACGAAAAAGAUUCUCAAAAACGUUGGUAAUCAGACAUAUGUGGUCAUGGAACGCCUGGACUCGGACGAUGUCCCAGGUGAUGGUCGCGACGACGCAUCAUUCGAUGAGGGUGCCGAGGCGUCUGGCAUCGCAUCGCCAAAGAAAGCCAAGGCCAUGGAUCCCAAGGAAGUAGAGCGACGUAUUGUGUAUUGGCAGUUUAUCCUGGGCAUGCUCACGAAUUCAGCACCAGCCAUGCCGCUCAGCCAGAUAUCCAUGAUGAUGAAGAUGCUCAUCACCGACGGAUGCAGUUGGAGCAACGAAGAGCUGCAAGAAUUUUUGGACGAAAAGAUUGCAGCCGGGGAAUUAGAAUUGGCCGGUGGCAAAUAUCGGUUACUCAAGAAGUGA